CAAAUCCAAUGGGGUAGACAAAGAGGGAAAGAGACGGGUAGAUGAAUUUAGAGUGUUUGACUCAGUCUUCUCUUUCUCAUUCGCAGAUGGUGGCAAGUCAGUGCCGACUGACAACAACAAGAUUGAUAAUUUGAUACUUUGAUACUCUUCAUCGAAUAACUCCAACAGCAAACCUCCAGUUUACUUAGACCCCCAUGUACGAAAGCUUCUAAAUUUUUUAAAUUAACUUCUUUGAAAAGCUGAAGAAAAUAACUACCCUUAAUUUCUAUGCUUCUUGUUGGAGUUGAAGAAGCACCAGAAGUGGACGGGUUGACAAGUAGAAGGAUACAAGUCAUAGUCUUGCUUUCACAUUCUUUGUUUCUCGUAUUGUAUUUCCCGUCUAAGACGAGGCAGUUAGUGGGUUGAGACUAUUCUUGGUCUCGCUGGCCAGUCUGCAUUUCUUCAUCAGACUCUUAACCAUCUUAAUAGAAUGCAAGAGAAGGAUAGUAGAAGCUUUUCGGUGGUUGUGACAGAGCUACAAGCCUUAACUGAAGAGGUGGCAUCGCUUACAAGAAGCUCAGAAUCUGAGAUAGAAAUCUUCAAUGAAUUUACAAUUACUCUUGAAAAAUUCACUCCGAUUUUUGAUGGUAUGAAAGACAAUAACAAGGUCAUGGACAUACCUUCAAUUCGAAAAGCAAUUGAAUCCCUCGAAAGAGAGCUUAGGCGAGCCAAGUCUUUGAUAAGAAAUUCCAAUUCAAGAUUGAUUAUGAAGCAAAUGGAGGGUUUAACUCGAGAUAUUGGGAGAUCUUUAGGCCUCGUGCUCUUUGCAAGUAUUGAUCUGAAGCUGGAUAUCAAGGGACAAAUUGGAGCGUUGCAUAAAGAAUUGAUGAAUGCCAAGUUUGAUAAGAGUUUAAGUCCUAGCCCUAGCCAAAGUCCGAACAAAAAUCCAAGUUGUGAAUCCGGGUUUGCUAGUCCAAGCGCAAAUCCAAGUUAUGAAUCUGGGUUUGCAAGUGACUUGGACUCAGAAAAAGAAACAGAAAUUGAGGAGGAAACCGUUAGGCUUGGAAUCGAUGAUGUUGUGUUGCAGCUUAAAUAUGGUGAUGAUGAAGGGCUGAGAGUUGCGAUUUUGAAUUUAAAUGAAAUGGUCACUGCAAAAACAGUUGACAGAGAGUGGAUUAACGAGGAAGAUAUUGUUUCAAUUCUGCUAAAUCGGUUAGGUACCAGCAAGCCAAACAAUCGGUUAAGUAUUUUUCAAGCCUUAAGAACUCUUGCAUCAGAGUUUGCUGACUGCAAGGGGAAGAUGGUCGAUGUUGGGUCAUUAUCAGCAUUGGUGAAAUCUUUGACGCGAGAUGUAGAAGAGAGAAGGGAAGCUGUGGGGCUGUUGCUGGAUCUUUCAGAUCUUCCUGCAGUUUGGCGACGGCUAGGCAGAAUCCAAGGGUGCAUUAUUAUGUUGGUUGCAAUGCUACUUGGGGAUGACCCUGUUGCUUCAUAUGAUGCAGGGAAUUUGUUAGAUGCAUUGUCUAGCAAUACUCAGAAUGCACUUCAUAUGGCAGAAGCUGGUUAUUUUAAGCCAUUGGUGAAGCAUCUGCAAGAGGGUUCUGACAUGUGUAAGAUCCUCAUGGCAACAGCACUUUCCAAGAUGGAGCUUACUGACCAAAGUAGAGCUUCCCUUGCAAAGGAUGGGGCAAUUGAACCUCUUGUUAAAAUGUUCAAAGUUGGGAAGCUUGAAGCCAAGCUAUCUGCAUUAAGUGCAUUGAAAAAUUUGUCUAUAUUGGAAGAAAACAUACCGCUUUUGAUCAGUUCAGGAAUUGUGGCACUUCUGCUUCAGCUCCUCUUCUCAGUAACAUCUGUGCUCAUGACUCUUCGGGAGCCAGCAUCAGCAAUUCUUGCAAGAGUUGCUCAGUCAGAAUCUAUUCUUGUCAACCAAGAUGUGGCUCAGCAGAUGCUUUCCCUUCUAAAUCUUUCUAGUCCAACGAUUCAGUAUCACCUCUUACAAGCACUUAAUAGCAUUGCUGCCCAUUCCAGUGCAUCAAACAUUAGAAGAAAAAUGCAAGAAAAUGGUGCAAUUCAACUGCUGCUACCCUUCUUGAAAGAAACCAGCACAAAAAUAAGGAUAGCUGCAUUGAAUUUGAUUUGCACUCUCUCAAAAGAUAUGUCAGGAGAAUUAACAGACCAGCUGGGGGAGUGCCAUGUUAACAUGAUUGUUAAUAUCGUAUCAUCGUCUACAACUGAGAGUGAAAAAGCUGCUGCAGUUGCCAUACUAAGCAAUCUACCAGUUAAUGACAAGAAAGCUACAGAAUUACUUAAGAAGGUAGGUUUGCUGCCAAUUCUGAUCUCCAUAAUGAAUUCAAGCACUGCAACUUCAACUCCAACAACCCAGUGGUUAGCAGAGAGUGUAGCUGGUGUGUUGGUUCGGUUUACAGUUUCCUCUGAUAAGAAAUUGCAGCAAUAUUCAGUAGAACAAGGGGUGAUUCCAUUGCUUGUGAAGUUGCUGUCAAGUGGGUCAGUGAUUGCUAGAAGCAGAGCCGCGUCCUCACUGGCUCAGCUAUCCCAGAAUUCACUCUCUCUUCGAAAGUCCAAAACAUCAAGUUGGUUGUGUGUCCCUCCUUCUGCAGAUGCAUUUUGUGAAGUUCAUGAUGGUUACUGCUUUGUCAAGAGCACAUUUUGUUUGGUCAAGGCUGGGGCUAUCCCUCCAUUGGUCCAAGUAUUGGAGGGUAGGGGGAGAGAAGCUGAUGAGGCUGUUCUUGCUGCGCUUGCAACACUCAUGCAGGAUGAAAUUUGUGAAAGUGGAAGUAAUUAUAUAGCAAAAAGUUCAGGCAUUCAAGCCAUUGUUAAAGUUUUAGAAUCCGGGACUGUGAAGGCUCAAGAGAAAGCGUUGUGGAUACUGGAGAGGAUAUUUACAAUUCAGGAACACAGAGUAAAUUAUGGAGAAUCUGCGCAAGUGGUGCUCAUUGAUCUGGCCCAGAAUGGUGAUUCCAGAUUGAAAUCAACAAUUGCAAAAAUAUUGGCACAGCUUGAACUCCUGCAAGGUCAAUCGAGUUACUUUUGAGACAAUUCAUGCUGUGUAAGCAACAUUGUAAUUCUUAAUAUUUUCUUUAAAUUUAAAAAAGAAAAUUCUUUGUUUGCAUCUUUCAUUUUCAUCUGGAAUUUUUUUAUUGUGUAAUUAAGAAACACUUUGCAUUCCAAAAUGAAAAAUAGCAUCCUUUCCUUCC